GAAAUGCAAAAUGCACUGGCUCGCAAAAAGAAACCUCCAUCUUUGCCCUUUGGUGCCUGUUGGCGCCCAAACGGAUCGAGUGCGUUCCAGUGUAUGAUGAUGAUCUUGGAAAAUGGCUUCAUGGUGCAGAGUACAAUCGGGUUUUAACGUCGAUGACGAGACUGUCAAUUUUGGGACGCGGAUAAUCGCCGAAAGCAAUGGCUCGCUGUACGAGGCGUGCACUGUGGCAACGAUUCAAUCGCUUGAAAAGGUGGACCAACAACCAAAUGUUGUAGCAUCUAUCCAAUAUUCCAUGAUUUGCAUAGCAAUUGAUAAGUCCAUUACAGUUUUCAAGGAUGAAACUUGCGACGAAAUAUUAUGUAAUAUUAGCUUUCCCUCCAAAAUAGCCUGUUAUUGCAUUUCUAAAGAUGGUUUCUUCUUACUUGCCAUACUCGAAACCAGAAUUUUAUACUGUGUGCAUUUAUCAAAUGGGAAACUAAUAUUUACCAAAACUAUGCCUGAUAUUAAGAAUAAUAUAAUAGAAAUAUUUUUAAAGGAGCAAAAUGAAGAAACAUUUAUAAUUUUUGUUUCAAAUACUGGAGCUAUUUACAGAUUCUCCAAAUUUUAUCCUAAAGCUUUAGAGAUUGCAUUUACCAGUGAUGAUAAAGUUAUGAUUGCAGAACAUAUAGCAAAUAUUCAGUGUUCUAAGUUAUUCGAAGGAUUUACUUCUCAGGAGUUUCUCAAUGCUACAGUAGAUAUGUCAUCAGAAGAAUUGUCAAUAGUUGCAGUUGGAACAAAUUCUAUAUUUACAUGGCCUAAUGAACAAUACGUUAAUUUCCAAAGUGUAUUUUCUUUUGGAUAUAAAAAGAUUGAGCCGCUGCACGGCAGCAGUAAAAUGUUGUGUCUUCGUACAGACAAUAUAUUAAGUAUGCUAUGUCUGGAUACAUUUCUUACAUUAAAAAUGUGCGAUGACACAGUGCUCGAUUUUAGUGUAAUACAGCAUGAUGAUCACUGUGAGAUUUUAUUUUUAACGCAUUUCGAAAACAAUUACAUAUUACACGUUACUUCUUAUCCAGAUUUUGAACAGAAAUUGAAAAUCAACGUACCCACUAACAUUUAUUUGUUGAAAGUUUUACAUACCUCUGACAAUCUGUUUUACAUAGAAGGUAUUACUACUGAGACUGGUGUUAUCGAUACAUUUAGAAUAAAAACGAUAUUGGAAAGUAUUCCCGAAAUACGUUUAGCGAGAUUACUAAGGAAGAGACAAUUUGAUGCAGCUGAAGCGUUUGCAGAGAAACUAAAUCUUUCAAUGGAAUCUAUUUAUUGCUCUAAAGCAGCAUUACUCGUAGAACAACUCAGUCCUUGGGCAAAAUCUGCUCCUAAUUCAGUUAGCGUAGAUACAUUGAUAGAUAUUUUAGAUAAAAUACAAAAUAUACAAUUUGUAAUUGAAUGUUGUGACAAAGCCCUCAUUUCUGAUUAUACACAAAUGAGACGGAUCUAUUCAUACGCUCGACAAAAAAUAAUGCAAAAUAUUGAGAUAAGUAAUGCAGAUGAUUCAUUGAACAGUUUAUCUUUAAUGAAUGAUGCUUUAUGUAGACUUGAGACUUUCCAAAUGAUUCAAGACAUCGAGGUAGAUGAGUUAUUGAGCAGCGACGCGAGUAUGGAAGAAUGGAUACAAUUUUCAAAAGCGAAUUUAAUGGAAGAAUGCAUCACUCGUUUAAACAUGGGACAAUUAAAACCUGCUACAUUAAUUUGGACGAGGCAUCUUCCUGAUCUUGUGAAACAUAUAUCUAUGGAGACUGUACAAAAUAUUUUUACAACUUUACCUGAAGACGUAAACCCAUCAUGUUUAUGGCCAUGGCUUAUUCAUUUUAUACCAACAUUAUUAUCUUUAUUACCUGACGCAUUAAAUGAAAUUAUAUCUUGGAGUUUAAAAAAACUAAAAUAUCUUGAGAUAUCUCAUCGCACGGCAUGGCCCGAAGUCGGUAUGGAGUUUGCUAAAAAGUUUGUGAAAUUGUUGAAAUUUGAAGAUAAUCAAUCGGUGUACUUUCAUCAAGAGUAUAGAUACCAGAACUCUCUACUGAAACAGUUUAUGGUUUUGGUUCAAGCCUUAUCCGAUAUUCAACAACUAAAAAUUACUUACAGGUUAAGAGUCCCUCUUGAUAUAUAUAUUAACUCGCCUGUAGAAGCGAUUUAUAUGUUGCUAGAUAAAAUACAUAUGGACCAAAUAUCGAAUUUUGCGAAUACGUUUCUGAAACAAUAUAUAUUGAAUAAUAAUUUGCAAAAUGAUACCGUUUUUUGUGCAUAUAUUCAGAAAACUGUAAAAAAUUCGUAUAGUUGGUGGUUUAAUGAAGAAGCUACGUGGGAGAAAAGAGUUACUAUUAUAAUUGGCCUUAUACAUAAUAUAGAGAAACGACUGGAGCAAUCUUUGAUAGUUGUAAGAAAAGCACCGGUGCCCUGGAGUUCAACUAUAACUACUCUAGCAGAAACAGGCAUUAAUUGCGGUCACAGUUUAUCUUGUAAAAUUAAAAUUGAAUCCGACUACGUUCCAAUCAAACUCAUCUUAAAAAAAUAUGGAUUUGCAACAAUUGGCGUAAAUAAUAAAUUGAUAUCGCACAUAAUAAAAAGAAAUUGCGAUUCUAUCAUCAACGAUAUAGAUGUGCUAACUAAAAACGAUCAACAAUUAAGACAAGACGCAUUUUGUCGAUGCAUAAUUAUCCGAUUAAACGAAAAAGAUCUCCAGAAAGCUAUGGACAUAAUACAGCAUUUAGAAAAUGACGCUGUUAUCGCUUUGUAUUGUUAUGAAGGAAUUAUUAAUUAUGUUGUUGCAGCUUUCUCUUUUCAGAAUGCAACGUCAUCUUUGACUUGUCACAUGGAAAUACUGGGCUGCUUGGAGCUUAAAAUACAUAACUUAUUAACACAAUCAAAUAUUUGUCAUUAUCGUUGCACCAAUAUUAUCAAAAUGAUAAAAGAUUUACGAUCACUGUAUGCACUAAAGAAAUAUUAUAAGAUUGAUAUUUCUUUAAAAGAUUAUCGUACACAGAAAUUACUUGUGCUGAAAAAUAACAUCUUGAAAUUGCUUGCAGAUGUGAAAGAAAAUGAUUGGCCAAUAAUGCACAAGACAUUUAUUAAAAUUGCCGAGUUGUUGGAAUUAGAAAAGUCAUAUGCAACUUUAUUUAUGUUAGAACAGAUGAAGAAUUUAAACGGAUUGGAACAACUCGUUGACGAUGACGAAAACUCAAGUAUGGUAUCUGAAAAAUUCAAGAAUAUACGUAAAAUAUGCUCGUCGAUACUACAACAUGCUACUGUAGACACAAACGCUGUAAAAGUUGCCGAAAGUUUAAGUAUUUCGACAUUAAAUACUUGUGAAGACAGUGAUUUACAAUCUGCACUAAUGCUUUACACUUGUAUCAACGCAUAUCCAAAUUUUUCUACUCAGGAUCGUUUUGAUGUAAAGCAGGGGCUCGUGCCACAAUCUAAUUGGAAAUUGUAUACAAUUUAUAAGGAUCCAGCAAUAUCUUUGGAUAGAAAAUUAAUGGCUUUAUUUAAAGAUUCAAUGUUCUUGCACUUAUACUAUUCAAAUCAAGUCAGUAAUGAAAUCAUAAGUUGCGAUGAACAAAUGGAUCAAUUGCUAACUGAUUUCCUAGAAAAUACGAGAAAGAUGCAACCUCAACACAACGAUUUUUCUUUAUUGCAAAUUUUCAAAACAUUUUAUUUCAUGUACUGUAGCACAUCUGUGAGAAACGAAGAGACGUUAACAGAAAUGAAAUCUACAUUAUCGCAUCUUCUAAUGAAUUUAUUGAAAAAAUUGUGCACCGGACGAUCAUUCGAUUUGCAGUUGGGACUGUCUGUUCUUUUUACAUUGUCUGAACAAGAAGCGUGUAAUUGGCUCUCCACAAAUUUUACAUUAUUUCAGGCCGAUCACACUCGACAUUUUACGAUCUCAACUUUGGGAUAUGAAUAUUCGCGCUUGGGACAAAAUCGAUCGUUGAUACAGACGUUCGAGAAUUACAAGCUACUUCAUAUUUGGGCACAACGGCUGUCAUGUUAUUCAAUAACUUCUAAAGAGGUUUUAACAAAUAGCGCUUCGAGCAAAAGAGAAAUUUUACAGCAGAUCAUAAACAGUAACAAAGAGAAUGUGAUUCCCUUAUUAAAGGACUACUGCUGUAGCUUUGGAUUUAAUUUUAACGAUUGUCUUUUGCUCUCUUUACAAAUAUUACUGAAAACGUGGAAUCCAACGAUAACCGUUUCGAAUACAGGCCUAAAAAAAGAGCUACUUAUCUGUAAAGAUGAAGUGGAAGAUUUAAAAAAAAGAUGUAAUACAAUUGUUGCGCAAAUGGAAGAUAAAUCUGUGUUGAAACAAUCUAUCUCUACAUUAUGGGACCACAUCACGUUUUACCAUUAUGAAGUAUUCAUUAUAUUAAUGGAUCUCAUAGGAGAUAAAGAUAUGAAGAAGAGGAAUUAUCUCUGCUUCUUGCAAAAUUAUACUCGGAACGGGCUACCUACACUGAUGGAACAUGACGAGUGGCUGCAACUUAAUCCUGGACACAGCACGUUGCCACCGAUAGCCCAAUGGAGACUCCCAUUCUUGCUCAAAGUCGACAUUUGGAAAAUCAUUACUCCUGAGUUGAAUUUAACAACAUACGACAAGUGGCUUGAUAUCGCACCCGUACUUAAUUUGGAAGCACAUCUUAUAUGUACAUUAGCUAUUAAGGGCGAAGUUACGCAAGUAUGGGGAAAUAAUUCUACUGUGUCGGAAAGUGUUACAUGGUCCCUUUAUUCGAAAAACACCACGUUAAUCAAAGAUAUCAAGAGAUGUAUACAACGAAUGACGGACUCGGAUGGAUUUUAUUAUGGUACCGCGGCAUUGUAUUAUGUCGUAAAUCAUACACCUCCGGGCGCUGAUCGAGUUGCCGCCGCGAAAGAAUGUUAUGAGUACUCUCAGCUGGCGGCACAAAAUUCUACCAAAUUCGAAGAGGGAAUGUUAGAAAAAAUUGAAUCCAAAUAUUUGAAAUUUACGUCCGAGCAUAUUCUACGUUUGUACGGAUUGGAGAAAGAUAAAUAUCUUUCUCUAAUCAAAAAUCCAUGCAAGUUGGUAUACGAACUGUAUAACGACGAGAGUAUACCGUUGCGAUUUCGAACCGCAACCAACUACAGACCUGAUAUUAACGCUGCCGUUAACGAGCUGGGUAAAUUAUUCUCGUUGAAUACGAUAAAAUUGCGUAUGAAUUUAUUGGAAGAAUGGCUGCAGUCCAACGCUAGAUACACUGAAUUGUCCCAAAGUUUUACAGAAACAUUUCUGGCGUCAAAAGAGUCUGAUCAGACUACAGAUUGCGAAGAUAAAUUACUUAGGAUAUGUUACAUGCUGGAAUAUGGAGAUGUGGAUUUGUUUGCGCAAUUUCUUAUAAACAUAGGCUUUGGUGAUUGUCACGGCGAGACUGAAUACAACUGUAACGUGCGAUAUCGAGUAUUUCGAAUAUUACAGACAGUUAUUGAUACUGCUACGUUGGAGGAAUUGACUAAGCAAGAUAUCUGUACCUUUAGAAAGUAUAUGAAAUCGUUACAGUAUACCAGCAAAUUAGAAUCAUUAGGAUUAUGUUAUAACACUGAUACAUUUGAAAGGUGUUGUAAACGUGAGCUGAUUCAGAUAUUGUGGAAGAGUCAACACAACUCGCCUUACGCUCUUUCCGUUAUAGCACAGAUUUGCAUCGAAUUUGAGAUAAACGAUGCCUUACUUUGGGACGGUACUUUGAGUCAGAUGACGAAACUGCAAAUGGUGGGCGAUUUGAAGAAAGUUUUAUUGCAAUUGCGAAAUGAAAGUGUCGUUGUGAAUUGUAAUGGUUACAAAAUAGGAUGGCAAUUGAUUAUUUCCGAGCCGUUCAGUGAGAUGGAUAUAAAUCCGAAUCCGGAGCAAAUUGACAAUUGCAUUGAGGCAAUUUGUCUGUUAUAUUCGUGUCCCGUGGCACACGAAUUAGAUUUCGCAUCCAUCGUGAAAAAUUGUUUUCAAAGUAAACAGGCACACUUGGCUGCCGCACUUCUACCAUUUUUAAAUGAAUCCGAAAAAAAGUUUGUUUUAGAGACUAUUAAUCAAAAGUGUCAAAUCAAAGAACUCGUAGAAGAUUUGAAUCAUUUAUCUUCUAAAGGAGUGCUCACGAUUACACACAGUGUCACCAUGGUGCAAAAAUCUGUAUUUUAAAGAUGAAAGCGAGGAAAAAUCUUUUCUCUGUAUCAUCAACUGGAAGAAAUUAAUAAACGUUAUGUUAAAUGGAAUAUUAUAACAUACAUAAAAAAUAAAUUUCUUUUUUUAUAUUA